CAUUUGCUGUAGGGUGUUUUUUUUGUUGGAUCAAUUCUAUGCUCCACUGGACCUCAUCAGAACAGGAAAAAAAAUUAACAUAUUUUGAUUUACACAUUCUUGCAAUGGAGUAAACAUUUUUUGUAGUUUCAUCUUAAGUCAAUUUCACGUUUCACUGGAGUUCAUCAACAAUAAACUCAAAAUUAAUUAAAUUCAAAUUGAUUGAUUAUUCAAAUAUUUUGAUUUUUAAUGUUUGCCAACAUUAUUAACAUUGUAAAAGUUUAUUUAAAAGCAUUAAGAGAAUCACCCUACAGUUCAUUAGUGCAAAAGAAAAACAGUUUAAAUAUUUUGAUUUUCACACUGUAAGAAUAUGUUCUUCCAUCCGAGUAAAAGUUUUUCUGUUGAAUGUUUUGUGUUAAGAUCUCCGUGCUCCGCUGGAGCUCAUCGUUUCAGAACUGUUUGAACAUAAAGAAAAAAAAGCGUGGUUUAUCAAUUAGUACAGUGUCACUCUCCCCAUUAUUUUAGAGAAAGCAGACUUAAUUCAUAUUCCCCUCUCAAGACCGUGCACCUCAGGAGUUUUUUGCCUCCACCACCCCUGUUGAAUGAAAGUAGGGUAUAUAUACCAAAAGUGUAGUGAGGGAAUGUUAUUCGUCACAAUUGUAUUUGUGUAGAGAGACAUGAAACUGAACGCCAUUUUCCUCUUCGUCUUAAUCGCUUUCAUCGAAUUUACCUGGUGCCGCCCUAGGUACAUUGCAAUACCAAUUGAAGAUGUGGAGUUCCUGGAGAUGAGCACAGUAUCAAAACCGCAAUUUAGAAUACCGAGAGAAGGCCAAUUACACGCUGUACAAGAUUUCCCACAGGAACAAACGCCACGGGAUAACAGAUAUCAGAGGCAAGCCAGUGGAGGACACCACGACCAUGUAGAUUAUGGAGCGCAUACAGGCCACCACGGCUCUUUUGGGUGGUAUGCAGAAUUUCCAGUGCACAAAGCAUCUUAAAAUCUAGAUACAUUGAUUUUUUACUGAAUUGUUAAUGUCUGAACAUUAAAAACCAAUUAAAAAAAAGUCAAUGUAUUUACAACCGCAAUAUACUAAAUUGGACGAAACCUCAAUAAUUUACAAAAAAUAUCCAAUGAUGCAUUCUUCCUUGUACAUAUAAUAUAAUAAAUUUUUUUAUUACAAAUAUUUCCAGUCAUCGUUUUUCUAUUCUCAAUUUAUUCUACUAUUUCGCAAACCAGAACUCAAAAUUUAGAGAAAAAAACACUUUGUAGAAAAUUACACAUAUUCACAUACAUUGUUGACAGAUACUAGGGAUAAUAAAUAACAAUAAUAGUGACAAUAAAAGCAUGAAUCCAUUAAAAAGACUCAA